AUGACUGGUCAGAUAUAUUUCAGUAAAUUCCUCGUUACCGAGCAAGUAUUUUACGUAUCUAAACAUACUUUUGCAUUGGUUAACUUAAAACCUAUUGUUCCUGGUCAUAUAUUAAUUGUUCCAUUAAGAACUUCCGCAAUAACUUUGGGAUCGUUAACCCCUGAAGAAUCUCAAGAUUAUUUUAGAACCUUACAAUUGAUACAACAAUUCAUUAAAUGGGAAUACAAGGCAGAUUCUUUGAAUAUUGCUAUGCAGGAUGGUCCAGAAGCAGGUCAAUCUGUACCACAUGUCCAUACGCAUGUAAUACCAAGAUAUAGAAAGAAUAAUUUUGGUGACGAAAUAUAUAAGAAGAUAGACGAUUGGCAAUUCAGAAGAGAUAUAUAUUUAGGAAAUGGAGGUCGUGAGGGAAGGAAGCAAGAUGCUUCUAAUUUUGCUCCAGACCGGGAAAGAUUUGAACGUGAUGCAACUGUUAUGCAUGAAGAAGCACGUACUUUAAAGAAAAGAUUAGGAGAAUUCGUUAAAGAAUUCCCUGAGAUUAAUGAAAAAUGGGGCGAACAUAAUUGA